CCAUACCUUUUCAGCCAGUUCUCGAGUACAAACACCUUUUGCCUAAACUUUAUUAACACCAAGUUUAGUGUUCAAUUAGCUUUGCUGUGGCACUGUUGUUUUGACUUGUUCAUCCAGUGCGAGCUACAUUUUGUUGUGCAAAAUGCAUUCCAGAAUAAUUAUCUGGACAAUGGCCAUGCUCAUGGUCUCGUCAGUUUGGGGUGAGCAAGAACCUCCAACGCUUUACGAGUACUUUGCGAGUCCCAAUGGCGAAAACGUUACCGGACUUGUUGCAGAGAUAGAUGGGUUCAAACUGAAUGCGAGACCACUCCGAAUUAUUAGUGGAGCAAUGCAUUACUUUCGUAUCCAUCCAGCACUUUGGAGAGAUCGUCUUCGGAAACUACGAGCGUCUGGUGCCAACACGGUAGAAACGUACGUAGCAUGGAAUCUUCACGAGCCGAGGAAGGACGAAUGGGACUUUGGAACGGGGGAGAAUGAUAACUCAGUCUUCCUCGAUAUUCGGACAUAUAUCCAAAUGGCGAAACAGGAAGACUUGUUGGUCCUCUUGAGGCCGGGUCCGUAUAUUUGCUCGGAAUUCGAGUUUGGUGGGAUGCCCAGUUACCUGCUCCGAGACCCCGACAUGAGGGUGCGCACUGCUUACCAACCGUAUCUCGAUCGUGUCAAGGUUUAUUUAGAUAACCUUCUUCCACUUGUUGCUGAUCUCCAAUUCACUCGAGGUGGACCCAUUAUUGGGCUGCAGUUGGAGAACGAAUAUGCCUCAUUCGAUCAAAUAGAGCUCGAAUAUUUGGAAUUUCUUCAGCAAACAUACUGGGACAAUGGAAUUGAUUCUCUUCUCUUCACGUCUGACGGGGCAUGGAAUGGUGACAAGGGGAGCUUGCCAGGAGUUCUUAAAACUGCGAAUUUUGGUGGUGAUGCCGAAACAAGUUUUAAUGAUCUUCUCGCCUUCCAACCCGAUAAGCCAGUCAUGUGCAUGGAGUUUUGGUGUGGAUGGUUUGACCAUUGGUUCGAAAACCACAGCACAACCACGGCUGAUGAGGUUGCGGAAAUUCUAGAAGUUAUUCUUGGCCCAGUGUUCAAGGGUUCUGUCAAUAUCUACAUGUUUCAUGGAGGCACUAAUUUCGGGUUUAAUGCAGGAGCAAACCAUAUUCCUGAAUACGCACCGGACAUUACAAGUUAUGACUAUGACGGACCACUUUCGGAAGCUGGAGACUACACCCCAAAAUACUAUCGCAUCAUGGAGGCAUUUGCCCGAUACCAAAUCCCAGUGUUGAAACGACCUCCGCUGCCUUUGCAAAGUCGGAAGUUUGCUUAUCCCACCCUUCCAGUCCAAACCUAUCUGUUGUACUCGGAUAUUCUGGAAAAGGCCCCAGCUUCCAACAAGUUCCAAAUACAGGACAGAAUUUCAAUGGAAAACUUUCCAAUAAACGAAGGUUCCGGACAGAGUCAGGGGUACGUCCUGUACAGGAAGGCAGUCAAUAUCAUGGGGAGCGAUGUUACCCGUUUUUCAGCCGGUCGUGUUCGUGACUUUGGUCUUCUCAUCGUGGACGAUGAACUGCAACCUUUUCCCCGAGAUGAAAAUGGCACGGUGCAAUAUUGGCUAAACUCUGUGCAAGAAUACGACCUCACGCUGGCCGAGGGGGAACACACCCUUGACCUCUUAAUUGAAAACAUGGGUCGUGUCAACUUCGGCGCGCUUUGGAGUUUCGAUCAGCAUAAAGGACUUGCAGGAAAUCGAACCGAAGUGGAAUACUAUCACUUGAAUGGGGAAGAAAUCAGAGACAUCGACGUGGUUUCACUGGAAUUUAAGUCGUCCUGGGUUAAAAAUUUGACUGGAUGGAGGACGAAUGAUGGCGCAGUCCCACUUAAAGCCCCCGUUCUUGUCCAAUCCUCCUUCGUGAUUGAUGGGCAACCUUCGGACACGUUCGUGGACAUGAGUGGCUGGAGCAAGGGCAUCGUUUUCAUCAAUGGUUUCAAUUUGGGAAGAUAUUUCAAUGUCGGACCACAGCAAACGCUGUAUGUACCUGCACCAUUCUUACGAUUUGGUGAAAACACGAUAACGAUUUUUGAACAACUGCAACCUCACGAUGAAAUCAAGUUUUCAGCAACUCCCAAUCUGGGGCCUACAGCAGUGAGGAAAUUUGGACAAUACGGACCGUUACAUUUAACUCAGAGGGGACACUAGUUCACUUUUGUUAAUUAUUAUCCAGCACUUUUUUUCCCUAAAUUAUUCUAUAAAUUACUGAGCAUAAAGCAAUAAAUAUUCCUACUUAAUUGUGAAAAUGGGACGCUAUUUCAAUCUAUAAACUGAAAUUAUCCCAUUCUCGCCAUAUUUUGGGCUCCUUCUGGGGUGCUUGAUUUUAAGAGCAAUAAAAAUUGACUUAUUUUUGGUA